CGAUGUGUGCUUACCGAAUAGUUGGAAUUGUGAUCUUUAACCUACCAACUUACACUUAUGCUGAUAUUUUAAGUACAGCAUUUAAUGUCUUUGUUAUGACUACAACAAUAUAUUUUAUAGACCUGGACGAUAAUAGAGAUGGUGAUGCUGAAAAUGAUAAU